ACAAAAUCGAUGAAACAAAUAACUCUCGUAAAACCAAACCCUAGAAGCCCAAACACAACACAAAAGCAUAGAUCGAAUCAGCGACAGUGAGCGACCGAUCGAGAGAGACAGAGAGGCGAGAUUUUGCGGUUGAAUGUGCAGCAGAGCCUACUGGGGGAUUUGUGAAUCGACGGAAGCACUGCACACCGAGCACUUACGAAGCUGGAGGUUUUCGAGCGUGAAUCGGCUGGAGGUUUUGGAGCACCGGUGUUGAGAAGGGUUUGCAGAUGGCAGUCUCACCGACGGAAUGGAACGAUUUGGAGUUGCAAAUGCUAAUUUCGCAGUUCAAAUAUUUAGGGUUUGCAUAGCGUGUGUAACUCACGCACCCUCAAUUACAAGGUGUUCAAAGUUUAGACGGAUGAGAGAUCACCUUAAAGUUGGUGUACGAUUGUUCUAAAUUACGUUUGCUUCGACGUUAAGCAGAUGGCAGACCCAAGAAACAAGACACUCACCCUUACCUUUGCCCCUCCCCCCCCCCCCCCCUCUCUCUCUCUCUCUCUGUAUAAAGGCUGGUCGUCUUCUCUAUGGAUCUCCAUCAAAGCAACGGCCACACUGUCGCUAUUUUGCCUCUUCCACCACCACCGGUCGACGACGAAGGCAUGACGUCCCAGUGGGAAAGCUUGGGAUCGGACUCCCCUUCAACUUUUCCGAUUUCUGGCAUAUUUUCUCCUCCCAACACUUGCAAUUCCCACCCUGGAAACCUGAACUCUCCGCCGCCUGCUUGUAAAGUCAAUAGCCUUUGUUUCUCCUGCCAGCAAGCAGGCCACUGGGCCAGAAAGUGCCCCAACAGAACCCCAACAGCGAGGAGGCAACUCCAUUUUGGCCCGCCAUCGUCGCCUCCCUCUGCUGGUCCUUCGCCCGUUGUUUACUGCCCGUGCGGCGGCGGAAUCUGCAACGUGAAGGUCUCUCGGAAGCCCAGAAGCUCUGGCCGCAAGUUCUACUCCUGCCCGCUCUACCCCGCGAACAGUUGUAAGUUUUUCAAGUGGUAUGACGAGUUGAGUAGUGAUGAUCUAACGUACGAUGUUCCGACCUGCGAGUGUGGGGCUGGACCUUGUCAUGUUUAUCGGGAAAGUGAUGGACCCAAUGCCGGUCGGAAGUUCUUUGUCUGCCCCAUCAAGAAGGGACAGGGUGCUUGUGAUUUCAGACGAUUGGUGGGUGUUACUGAUAGUCAUUCAAAUGAUGGUACUACUACUCCCACGAACUGCCAUGAAGAUAGCUCUGCAAAUAGUGACUUCGUUGUGGAAAAGGAUUUUUCAAAGGAAAACAACUUCCAAGGACAGGGUGCUUGUGGUUUCAGUCGAUCUGUGGAUGCUACUGAUUGUCAUCCAGACGAAGGUGCCACUUCUUCCCAGUCUACAUUGAACAACUGCCAUAAAAAUAGCUCUGCAAAUAGUGUCUCCAUCGUGGGAGGGGAUUUUACCUGUCAAGUACAGGAGAUCGGAUCAUCUGUGGUGAACUGUCUCGAGCGUGCCCCGAAGUUUGGAAUUAUUUUUGAACCACCUAGGAAAGACAGAAUUCCACUGGUGGAUUCCCAGGGAAGAGAAGACACAUCCGAUGAACCUUUGCGCAAUCGUUAUAAACGCUUACGAUGUGGGAAUCUUAAAUCUGAUGGCUUCGCUCUUAACAUCACUAGUGAUGGCUGGGAUGUGUCAAAAUCAAAGCCAAAGGUCCCGACAAUGGUAAAAGCACUCCGAACCUCUGUGCUGACACUCGAGCCUUCACGUCCUCAGAAAAGACUCUUUCUUGGGCAGAUUUCUCCUGCUGGAUCUUCUUUAACAGGAGCUUCUUCCACUUCUCUGUGCUAUAAUUCUCCUGCCCUGCGUAGCCUCAGGGUUCCGGUGACAUGGAAUUAUUUGGAGUCCGCCGUCCAUCAAAUUUUAGGCUUUCAAUUCGGAGGCUCGGACUGCCAGCUUCUGUUUCCUCCAUCUAGGAGCCUAACUAUUCCCUCACCUAAGCCCUUCUUUUGCUCAGGCAUCUCUCCUUCCUUCGAUCCAAUUUGGGACCCCCAAGAUGUCAAUGUAUCGAAUGCUGAAGCCGCGGCCAUUGUGCCAUACAGUCAGUCAUCAGCUGAACCCAACAAGCAAUCUCUUCUGCUUGAGCAGCCUUCCAAAACGUUACAAGGAAACAAAAUCACAGAACCAAUCGAAGAGACAUUCCAGAAUGCUGCAAAGCAAAUCCAGAACAAGCUUCUCACUGUCUUAGAGUUGACAGAUUUUCGUGACCACAAGACCAUGGCCAGUGAUGCCAGUUCAGUUUUCAGGGCUCUAGAUGGUUUGCUUGUUGAUUAUCAACCCUUCAAACAACUAGUAAUGGAAUUUGUUGGCACUGCGGCAUCACUUGCAGAAGCCGAACUGUCGAUUCAAGAAGACAACACUCUGCAGCAGGUAGUUGACAAAUACAACUGCCAAAAACAACACUUGGAAAACAUUUCUCAUCUUCACGCGGAGACUGCUGCUGCUCUGGAAGCUUCAACCGAGCACCUUGAAUCUCUCAGAAAAGAGGUUGUCUUGGUCAAGGCCAUGCUCUGUCGCAUAGAGGAGAAGCUGUUAUCCUGCGAGGCUGAGAAUGUAGAAAUCCUGUAUCGCUUGGAGGAAGUCAAUGAAGACAAGCUGAAAUCUCAACAAAGACUUCUAGUUGCAGCUGCGGAGGUGGAAGAAGCACGAAAACUUGUUCAAAAGAGGGAUGCUGCAGAGGCUUCUUUCAAGGCUGCAAAACUCCAACUCCAACAAUCAUUUAAUGAAUCUUAGAGCACUCAACAGUCAUCUUUUUUUGUACACGCAAUAAGUAAAAGGUUCAUUUUGUUCAUAUAUUAAAUAGUUAAGUGAUGAUUUAUUUC